AAUAUUCUUUUGUUUCUUUUGUUCUUGAGAUCCAUGGAUGCACGUGCGUACUCCCCCAAUAGCGUUUAUAAUCCAAUGGACGAGCUUCCGCCAAUAGCAGCGCAUAAUCUGCUUUCUUCUACAAGCCGUGGAACGACAGCAUGAAAAGUCAGUUGUGGUGGAACUGGAAGAAAGCAUCGUGCGUAUUGCUCCCAUAACUUCCAGGUAUAGAUAUAUAUAUGUCUUGGUAUAUCUCUGAGGCUGAGAUAUGAAUAUGAAUUUGUGACGCUUUCAUACCAGAGGAAGAGGGUUUUCAAUCUUUAAAGUAUACGAAAUUGGAUACCUAAUAGCUGAGAGUGAAGUGGAUACGCGCGUUGAACAAAGAAUCUAUUCAGAUUUAAAGGAAUGAUGGCUAACGACAUCAUCCUCCGUGCUCGACCACGUCGAAGUGAGAACUUCAACAACGCUGGCGCAUGCUCAAUUGGUCUGCUACAGCUACUAGGAGCUCUCUCUACCAUCGCACUUGGUGUGGGUGCUUACGUCAUCGAGGGGUCUCUCAUCUACUAUGGUGUACCCAUUUGGUCCGGAAGUUUGUUCUUUCUGACAGCCGUCACAGCAUUUGUAUCCGUCCGGAAAACUAUUUGUGGGAUAACCACAUUCCUUGUGAUGUGCAUGUUAUCAACGGCUGUUGCUGCUGCUCUACUGAUCUUAUAUGCCCGCCUCAUCACUCUGGAUGGAAGAUAUACAUACUGUGAUAUAAGAGACUCCAAAACGUUACUCUGUAUUCGUUACGCUUCACGGCCAACUCUAAUGAUAGUAGAUGCUAUCACCUUGGGCAUCUUUGCAAUCCAGUUCCUCACCGGAGCCAUUGGGAUGGGGCUCUCUCUCUGUGGGCUGUGCAGAAGAACCCUGGGGCGAACCUCCUCCAUCCCGCCCCCUCAGCCAAGGGCAGCUGUUAACACCCAUGGGCCUCCUGUCAACGCCACAAAUGCCGCAGCUAUGCAGAUGCAGAGGUAUCCCAAUGAAAUCCCCGCCGCCAUCCCCACUGCACCACCGGAGUAUGUUGUAGCAGAAGAAGAAUUCAGGGGUUCUGCACCACCGGAAUACCUGGUAUCAGAGGAACAAAUUGGAGUUUGAUGAAGCUGGAUGACUACUUAUCUCACAGCAACCUUUGGACUCAAGACAUUAAAGGGAGAGUGCUCAACCCAUUAUCAUGUUUUCUACCAACUCAGCUGGAGUAUCAACUGAAACCUAAAAACAUUCUUGCCCCAUUAUGUAUAUAAUGUAUACAAGGUGUCCCAGAAAACAUGGAAGAGUGGAUUUUAAGUACUUUUUUUCAUGUUGAAACACAUCAACAGAUAUCCCAAAACAAUAUACAUCAAUGAAGGGCCAUUCUUAACACAGUUCUUUUCUCAUCUGUUGCUUGAUUUUGUCAAUAUUUUCAAGCCUGAAUAAUGAGAAUCAGGCAUAGAAUGGAAAUAUACUUCACCUGGUAGGUGUUUCAUAAAGCUGUUCGUAAGUUAAGAGCGACUUUAAGAACGACUGGUGAUACCAUUUUGUGGUAAAUGGCAAUUACAUUGGCGAUGGUUUAGCGCGUAAGAAAGGAUCACCAGUCGUUCUUAAAGUCGCUCUUUACUUACGAACAGCUUUAUGAAACGGGCCCCAGAUUUGAUGAUCUUGGUAGCAUUUUUUGUUGUUGUAAAUUUCAAAAUUUUGAAGUCAAAGUACUUAAGACCCAAUUUUCCCCUCUUUUCAAGAACACCUAGUAUAAACACAUUGAAAGAUCUCAGUACUAACCUGAAUUUUAAACUU